GCCGGCGGGACAUGACUGCAGGUUGCCAGGCCGAGAGCUCCGGAGUCCCCGCCUCUGGCGGGGUCCCCGUCUCCGCCAGACUGCCCGCGGCCCAACUGCUGUCGGCGUUCUUCUACGGGACCUGCUCCUUCCUCCUCGUGUUGGUCAACAAGACGCUGCUGACCACCUACGGCUUCCCAUCACCAAUUUGUCUUGGAAUUGGACAGAUGGCAGCUACCAUAAUGAUACUGUAUGUGUCCAAGCUAAAUAAAAUAAUUCAGUUCCCUGACUUUGAUAAAGAAAUUCCUGUAAAGCUGUUUCCUCUGCCUCUCCUGUAUGUUGGAAACCAUAUAAGUGGAUUAUCAAGCACAAGGAAAUUAAGCUUGCCGAUGUUUACAGUGCUCAGGAAAUUUACCAUUCCACUUACUUUACUCCUGGAAACCAUCAUACUUGGGAAACAGUAUUCCUUGAACAUCAUUGUCAGUGUGUUUGCUAUCAUUCUUGGUGCUUUCAUCGCAGCUGGUUCUGACCUUGCUUUCAACUUGGAAGGCUAUGUUUUUGUAUUUUUGAAUGAUAUCUUCACAGCUGCGAAUGGAGUUUAUACAAAACAGAAAAUGGACCCAAAGGAGCUAGGGAAGUAUGGAGUGCUUUUCUAUAAUGCCUGCUUCAUGAUCAUCCCCACACUUAUCAUUAGUGUCUCCACUGGAGACUUCCAACAGGCUACUGAAUUCAACCAAUGGAAGAAUGUCCUAUUUAUCAUACAGUUUCUUCUUUCCUGUUUUUUGGGGUUUCUGCUGAUGUACUCCACCGUCCUGUGCAGCUACUACAACUCAGCCCUGACCACUGCGGUGGUAGGAGCCAUCAAGAAUGUAUCCAUUGCCUACAUUGGGAUGUUAGUUGGUGGAGAUUAUAUUUUCUCUGUGUUAAACUUUGUAGGAUUAAAUAUUUGCAUGGCAGGGGGUUUGAGAUAUUCCUUUUUAACUCUAAGCAGUCAGUUAAAACCGAAACAACCUGUCGAAGAUGAAGACAUAGAAAACAUCCCUCCAGAUUUGAAGAGCUAGAAUCUUGAGUGAGUUGCGGACUGACCUGGAGCUAAGUGGACAGGGUGAGCGUGGAGGAGGUGCCCAGGCUAGACUGUGAGGUCAGAGCUUUGGAAUGUGGGACACCCACUCCCCUGAUUUAAGCACAAAUAGGAAUGUCUGCAAAGUGUGAAGAGAAUCUACCUCAUUUGCCACCCACCAGGAGCCAUGACAAGUGUCUGGCCAAAGCCUUAUGAGCCCAAAGUGAAUCUUUUCAAAGGAAGCCAUUAAGAGAAAGGAUUGUUUUCAAGGAUAAACUUUUGGCAGGGCGCACGUCCACUGUCCAUGCUGCUGCUUGCUGGUGUGGAACCCCCGGUGGUAUGGAACCCCUGCUCACAGCAGUUUAAAGGGAGAUGUUGUGAUGCUAUUACUUGGCCUUAAUUCAAGAUCCCAGCCAAAGCAGUGUCAGGGGGAACAUUUUCUCAGUUUCAACAAGCAUGUUUUAUUUGAUUGAAAUGAACCAUUUAAGUGCCAACAAUUAACAUUGGUUUAACCUUACAUGUUAUCUUUCCCAGUCAUCAAAGUAAAAUAAAAAAUAAUUUA